UUCCGAUUCUCAGUGGGCACCUGGGUAGCAUUUUAAGGAGUAUGAGGGUGAAUCAACGCCGAAAACCCUUCAACUUUGUCCUCAGUGGCGCCUUAAUAUGAUUCAGUCAAAAUCUAGAUUCAUUCUCAAGCGAACGAUGUUUAGUGCCGGCAUCACAGCUGUCAUGUUGGGAUUGGAGAGCCGGAUUCUCUACAUCCUUACUAGGAGAGCAUUUUGGGGAGGAAGAGGCUCGGAGUUUGCUGGCACACUAACCAUGCGAAGGGAAUAGGGAAAUUGUAUCAUCAAGGGUUCAACUGUUGGCAACAAUGACCAACACGUUAGCAGUAACUUGUGAGAUGUUGCUAUGUUGGGAGAGCGAAUGGAGCGGUUUUAGGUAGGGUUGCCCGGAGAGUUGCGUGCCCCUCCGCCCAACUGUCGCCAAGGACCAUCGUCACUUUGGCCCCUCCUGCAUGGUCAACCAAUGCCGGCCAUGAUUCGGCUUGCGAAAUCUCACAAUGGGCUGAAAUCCCGGAAUGAGGCUGCAUGAGAGCAAUUGGGCGCCGCCAUGUCAGCGCACUCGCUUUUGCCGAUUACCAUGGCUCUUGAAGCCCUUUUAUGUCCGGGCCAAUUCGCCGGAAUGGGGCUCACUCUGUCUUCAAAGGAUGUCAGAGAGAAUAUUAGUAUCUACGAGAUAUGGCUCGACUGAGUUGCAUGCCGAUUAAGAGUUUUCGGCGCAAGAAAGCGGAUACGGACUCAUCUUCCACGGACUCCCUCCAUGAUAGAGUGAAGAUUAAGUUCACCACUCUCUUCUCCCGCACGAAGCUCUUCGGUAGUACAGCUGCCGUUGUUGACGAUGGCGUUGCUGAUCCAAGAGGACCCCUCGGGCUGAAUAUCCUCCAUUCACCGUCAGAGCCUCUCGUGGAUUUCAUAUUCGUUCAUGGCCUGGGUGGCGGUUCCAGGGAGACAUGGAGCAAUACAUCUUCAGUCUGUCACUUCUGGCCGCAGGAAUGGCUUCGCAAAGAUCCUGCAUUUAAAAACGUGCGGGUGCAUACCUUUGGAUAUGAUUCGCAUGCGACCAAGGACAGCGUCCUGCACACCCAUCAUUUCUGUAGGUCUCUACUGAGCGAAAUGUACACAUCGCCGUAUCUCGGUAAUACAGACACGCCAAUAGUGCUCAUAGGACAUAGCAUGGGCGGCAUAGUCAUCAAGAAAACAUACCUACUAGCCAUACAAGAUCCAACGCAUAGGACACUGGCAAAGCGCAUCCACUCUAUCUAUUUUCUUGCAACGCCCCAUAGCGGGUGUGAUUCGGCCAGACUUUUGAACAAUGUCCUUACGAUCGCCUAUUCGUCCCGCGAUUACCUCCUAGAUCCUAAAGUGGGCUCCGCGGCUAUUGACUCUAUCAACGACGAAUUUCGCAAUUACGCCGAUAACCUUCAUCUCUGGUCGUUCUAUGAGACUCGUAAAACUAAAGUGGGUCUCUUCAGUAGGCUCAUUGUCGAGCCUAAUAUGGCGAAGUUGGGAUAUCGUGGAGAGAAGCAAAUAGCAAUGCCAGCGGAUCACCGUUCAAUAUGCAAAUUUGAUUCACCGAAAGACCUAUGUUAUCUGAUCCUCCGCGAUUCCCUUGCAGAGACUGUUGAAAGUAUCUCUAAGAUAGUGCCGAAAUUGGAAGAGAAUCCAGCAUGCGAACAGAUCAAAUUCUUAGAAAAUUAUUUGGACUUGUCAGGUGCAAUAGAUGAUGACCUCCUAGUGGCUCAAGAUGAUCGUAUGCCAGGAACUUGCGAGUGGUUUUUCAAAAAGCAAAACUACCUGGAUUGGUCUGAUUUCGCAUCGGACACGCCGAGGAUACUGUGGAUUAAGGGGAAACCUGGAUCUGGGAAAUCUGUUCUUGCCGGAUAUGCCAUCGAUCGACUCCUAGCAUCGAAUGAAAGCUGCAGCUACUUCUUCUUUAAGCACGAGGACAAGUCCAAAGCCCGGCUUAGCUCGUGUCUCCGGUCGCUCGCAUUUCAAAUGGCGCGCAUGGAUGUCCAGAUACGAGAAACGUUCUCGAAGAUGCAAAAGGAUGGAGUGAAUAUUGAUAACGAGAAUGAACAUUCCCUUUGGAAGAAACUGUUCUUAUCUGGUAUCUUGCAGGCCGCUUCUACCACGAAUUAUUGGGUUAUCGAUGGCCUAGAUGAAUGUGAAAAUGUCUCCUUUCUCUUCGACUCAAUACUGCCUCAACUUGACAAGUCGAUACCGCUCCGGAUUCUAAUCACGAGCAGAGAAACCCCGGAGUUGCAGGGGCAUAUUGUUGGGCUUAGUCGUGAUCAAUUUCGCUUGGAGAUCAUCUCACCGUCUGAUAUUCGUUCUGACGUUGAGUUUCUGGUUGGCGUAAAGACGAAAUCUCCAGCUUUGAAGGAUGCUGGAGACCAUGCUGCCCUCGUUGAAAAUAUUGUAGAAAAAGCUAACGGAUCAUUUCUGUGGACGGACUUGGUGCUUAAGGAGCUGCCUAUUUGCUACAGCGGAACUGAGAUCAACCGAGUUCUCGACGGCCUGCCCCAAGAAAUGGAAGCUUUAUACCAGAGAGUGCUGGGUCAAAUGGCUCUUAAUACGCGAGCAAAGAACUUCUCUCAAGCAAUCCUUACUUGGACAACGUGUGCGAUGAGGCCGCUGAUGGUGAAGGAGCUUGCUGGAGUUUUGAAACUGGAUAUUAAUGAAGAGUUCCCUAAGCUGGAAGAGGCCAUUUUGGCACGCUGCGGUCAGCUAAUUUCGGUCGACGAAUUUAGCAAUGUACGAUUAGCACACGAGACGGCGAAGAAUUUCCUCCUUAAGGAUGGUUUGGACUCCGAAUUUGCCGUAAGUGAGACCGAGGCUCACACCCGAAUGGCUAGAAUAUGCCUCCUAUAUCUCACCGGAGAGGCCAUCAAGCCCCGUAGCACUGGCGGAAGUCGAUCUACCUCCGCCGUCCAUGACACGGACUCCGAUUUCUCAGUCUAUGCUUGUGAAGCCUUUUCAUACCACCUUGUUAGAGCCGACUCUCGUGAACACGAUAUCUUACUUCUCGUCAAUAAGUUUUUGGAGUCAAAUAUCAUCCCUUGGGUAGAGAUCAUGAUGGCUCACAAUCAGAAUCCUAUCCUGCUGAUACAUACUGCGAAGAAUCUCAAGAAAUACGUCAAUUCGUGCGCCACAGAACUGUCACCUCUUGACGGCGACGUGAAAAUGGCUAAAGAGCGGGUCACAGAACUAGUCCAUAUUAUUACCAAAUUUUCUGAUGCUCUCUUGACCUCGCCGUCGGCAAUCUACUCGGCGAUCCUGCCAUUCUACCCGACGGAAUGUACAGCAUCCAAACCUGUGGGCCCCGGGCGCCCACUUUCCAUACUAGGUCUGUCGGAUGUUCAGUGGGUUGAGCAAUUAUGUUCCAUGAGUUUCCCAACAAGGGGAAAUCGACUCUCUUUGCCGUGCUGA